AUGAAGCCGGUGAGCCUCUUCCUGGGAGCCCUGGCCCUGCUCUUUCUGGAUGGCUAUGGCUCUGUGCUUGGUGCCUCCAGCGAUGAGCUGCGUACCUUUGUGGGCUGUGCCGUGAGGGAAUUUACCUUCCUGGCCAAGAAGCCGGGCUGCAAGGGCCUUCGGAUCACCACAGAUGCCUGCUGGGGCCGCUGUGAGACCUGGGAGAGACCCAUUCUGGAGCCCCCCUACAUUGAAGCACAUCAUCGAGUCUGCACCUACAAUGAGACCAGACAGGUGACAGUCAAGCUGCCUAAAUGUGCCCCUGGGAUCGACCCCUUCUAUACCUAUCCCGUGGCUGUACGCUGUGACUGCGGGGCCUGCUCCACGGCCACCACGGAGUGCGAGACCAUGUGAAUUGGACAUUGCCUGCCCCACACAGCUAGCGGCCAGGAGCUUCACAGACCCGAGCAGCACAAGCAGCAACACCCCUGGAUGGAAGGAGCUUGUUUCCGCUGUCACCUGUCUCCCUUAUGUCCAGCUGGGGCACAAGGCCCAGAGGCAGCACACUCAUGCUAAAACUGCAAAACAACAUUCGUGCUUUUGCCACCAUAAUUUCUCUUGCUCACACGUUUUCCUUUGCCUUGAGUCUUGGACCAUCCUCUGUAUAUUGUGUCCCUCAUGCCCGUUGACAGGAAAUGAUGAGGUGCCACCGUUUCAAAUGCACUGGCUCUGUGUAGGAAAUGGGGCUGAAAUCUGAAAAUUUUCACAUUCCGGUUAACCACUGAUCCCCUAGAUUUAUGAUUAAAGGGCUAGAAAUGAUCAAAGCCAGCAAGCACACCAGUGUUCCUUUCUUAAAAGGAAACCCAACUAACUGCAAGUGUCCCUAGAGAAAAUUCUCCAUUUCUCUUUCAACUGGGCUAUUAUCCUCACAAGAAAUAGAGACUGCUCAGCCUCCUAAGGAGAAGGAUUUGAUAGAGACACUGUCUCAAAGUAAGAGGUGUUUGGAUUUGGCUAGUUCACGCUGAAGAAAAAUUCCUCAAGUUCCCUUAAGAUCCUCAACACAGAAGCUGCUUUGUCAUAAAACAAAUAAAACAAGCAUAGACAAAAAUAUAAAACCAGAAGGUAUCAAUUUGGCUUAAAAAUUUCUGAAACAAAAAUCCUACUCUCAGAGUGAUAUUCUCAUAAAGAUACUGCAAAAUGGUCAAUUUCAAAUAUUCUUCUCUAUUUAGUAUAUUUUAAAUUUCAAUGGUAAUUUCAGAAAUUUAACAUAUCUGAAAGGGUAAAGUGCAUUGCUGGGUCAGAGGGAAAAAGUCUGUGACUGUUAGCUCUUGGCUCCUGCCUCUCCCUAUAUUGUAGCAACUGAUUCUGUGACUUAAACAAACAAACAAACAAAUCUCUAGUUUUAUGUAAGUGUCAUUGAUUUUGGGGUUGGCUAUAACCUUGUUCAUUUUUCAUGAUAUUCCAGGGAAAUAUGUGUUAAUACCAAUAAAUCAUGUUCUCUGUCUUUUGAA